CACUUAUCGAAAUUUAAAGAAGAUCUCGAUUGCCAAGUUCGCGUUUUAAUCAAAUUUUUUCUAUUAUCGCUUCCCCAAAGUUCGUUUCGUGUCUCGAAGAAUUGUCGGUAGAAUUUCCUGGCUGCCACUAUAAUGCUCGCCAAGAGAAAUACCGGUCUCCUUUUAACGAUCGUUACUUGUCUGCUGAUGAAUUAUUGCGAAACAUCGUGCAUCGGAAAAACCAUGUUGAGUGAGUAUGAUAUAUGGGAUGAUGAACUAGCUACGAUAGCACAGAGAUGGGCGGAUCACUGCGCCGAAUCACACGACAGUCUAAGAAACGUUCGUAGAUUUGCAGUGGGACAAAACAUUGCUCGCUCAUGGACGACUAGGCCUCCGGGACCUUACGAUGGCGAGCCAGAUUGGAGACGACAAAUUUCUGGUUGGUUCAACGAGGUACAAUAUUAUCAUUCCGGUUACAGUAAAACCACCGGGCAUUACACACAGUUGGUGUGGAGCGAUACUUUUCUAAUAGGAUGCGGAUACUCAUUCUACUAUGAUCCGGCUCGCGGUUAUACCAAGAAUUAUGUCUGCAAUUAUGGCCCGAGUGGAAAUGUACUCGGCUUUCAACCUUACAAAUCUGGGCAACCUGCGUGCAGCAAUUAUGGCAUGUCCUAUAGCAAUAGAUACGCCGGAUUAUGCUCUCGUGGGACUUAUUAUUACCUAGGGGCUCUAUGUGUAUACGGAUAAUGCGGAAAAUGUAAAUAUUUAUGUAAAAUACAAAUUUUGAGAUGCAUCUAACACUUGUCCAGUUUACCUAAUGUUACAAGUUUUUGGAAAUUUUGAAAAGUAGGACUGUGAUAAACAGUGUAAACAAGCGAAUUAUUCUCUUAAUGCUGAUAGAAUAAUCGACGAUAUUAUGUAGAUAGAUUAACAGCAAUUAACAGUUUUCGUUAGUUAAGGUAAACAUAAGCUGAUUUGUCAUGCAUACGAUAUCAAUUUAUAUACAUGCGACAAAUUAUUAAAUAUUAUCAUGUAAAUAUGUAUUAGUGAUAUUGGAUUAUGUAAGAUAUUGCUAAAGGUAUGUUCCACUUGACACUUGCAACGCUCUUAGAAUUAUUUCAUCUCUAUUGUUCAUUAAAUGUUAAACAAGAUCAUAUAAAUAUUUAGAGCUGCGACAGUUAAAUGGAAUGUAUUUUCAAGAUAUCCAGGUAUCAAAUCGAGUAUGAAUUCGAAUAACGAGAAAAAAAUUUCUUGUCGUUGAAUUUUUGUGGUCACAUUUUGUCGCGUCAUAAAACAAAUCUGUAAUGAUUGAAAGUCUGUAUAUAGAAUUGGUAUUUAUAAGGGAAUAGUUUAACAAAUAUACGGAUAAAAUGUGCAACACACAUAAAAAGAGUUUUAAAGAUUAUGAAGAAAUUAUAUACACUAGAAUAUCACUCUAUAUCUCUUUAGGGAGUUAUUAAAUCAAGUUGAUUUCUACCUUUAUAAUACAACUAUCUUAUUAACAGACGUGUAUCAAGAGGAUAUCUUUUGUCCGAGAUAAAGAUUAGGAUUCGAAAAUUUUCUUUAUCCGUUUAUUCUAAUUCAAUUCAUCUAGUCUCAAUUUACGAUCUGUAGAAGUUAUUCAUCAAGUUAAUAAAAGAGUAACAAAGUGUUGUUAAAUUUUAAGUUUAAUACUCGCCACUCGCGUAAAUAUAUCGCAUAAAUGUAAAUAUUUUCAUAAUGCAGAUAUAUAUUACACAUAUAUAUAAUUAUAUAUCGUUAUCAUUAAGUAUCGAAAUAUUGUAUCUCAUUAAUAAUUAAUAAUUAUUCUUGUUGCAUAUAUGUGUAACUGCAGAAAUAAAGAGAAGCGAUAUAAAA